CCUGCCUAGUAGGUAGAUACUGAUUACAUAGUAGUAUAGAUGAUAGCUAGGUAGACGCCAUGCUCUAUAUGGAAUACUUCAGGGAAACGCGACAUCAAAGGUGGAGAGCUCGACUGAUCCCCGCCGAUGAUGUUGCCACGGGAGACUCAUUUGAACCGGGUACGCGAACUCACCUAUCGCGACUCCCCCACCUCCUAAGCAUUUUAUGGAGUCAGCUAUUGGGUUGCCUCCCCCCUGUCUCUGAAAAGUCAUGGGGAUAUGGCCCGAUUCGGUGAAUUGUUGGAGGCGCAGAGUGACAGGAUUGACUGUGUUCACUGGUUUCACUGGAACCCUUCCGACAAGCCCGAGAACUACCUAGCAGCCAGCCAGAUCCGCCGUGCCGGGGCGAGGGGAAGCAAAUGAACCCGGUAUAGCCUUGUGC